GACUUGUCUGUUAUAAUGUUUUUUUAACGAGGUUCAUCUUAUUUAAAGAAAAAUUAAGUUUUCCAUCUGCUCCAAGAAACUGGCCACGAAGGUAUAGUCAUUAAGUGUUCAAUUGAUAUGGCCAUAUUGGUCACUAAACCUAUCUAAUAGUUGGUACCAGAAAAAGAAAGAGAAAGCAGCCUGAAAUACUGAAAAAAAUAAAAAGAGCAGCAAAACGUCAAAGAAAUCAAGCUGAAGUUAAUCCGGGGGUAAUAUGCAAGAAGUGUGAACUUCCCGGUCACUCUUCUGCUCAUUUUACAUUACGAGUAAGUCAAAUACUAUGCUUCAGAAUCUUGGGCCAAAUUACACUUUUUACGCUCGUAAAUUACCUUUUCAAAAUUGUGUCAAGGAAGAGUAUCAAAACAUAUUGAAGCAGAAAAUAACCUCGUGUUGUAGCGCUAUAAGAGAGAUAGUGUUUAGAGCCAAACUUUUUGUGAACUGGUAUCUUUUGAAAACCCCAAAUGAAUCCGUAUUUGAUGGUAUCUUUCGGCAACAGUUUGGGUAUCCUGUUUGUCAACUGGUGAACAAUAGAGAACCUAAAAACACCAAGCUUUUGCCACAAUUUUUUUUACAAGAAUGGGAUAACUUCAAAACUGAAAAUCCUAAUGCCACUUUUAAUGAAGAUUCGAUUGGAGGAGCUAGCCAGUGCAUUACUGAGGCCUGCAAGGAGCUGGCAACCACCUACGAGAAUGCAGUUGUAGAAAGACUUGAAAAUAUAUUGAGAAGAUUUUUGUAAUACCAAAUUCAAAUUAUGUUUGUUUCCAUGGCUCCGAAGGACGUCGAUAAUAUUGUUAUAAAAUAUGGAUAUCAGUAUGUAUGCCAAGGUGAAGCGGUAUGGCCUGAACAGAAAUCACUUGAAGACCCUAUGAUCAAACGAAGAAUCGAUGAACAAUGCCUGCCACUUAAAAACAAACUCAAUGCUAGAGUUAGUAUAAAAUCAUUAGCUGAUAACCCUGGCUCUUUUGUUCCUCUGGUGUUUCAUAUACUGGCUGUCUUUGAAAGGGAACAUCAAUCC